AUUCUGGAACAACAACAAACCCAGUCCCCUCACUCCUUCCUCACCUUCUAUCAACAAAACCCUAAACCCCAUUCCUAAACUCUCUCACUCAUUUCUGAGCUCUGAACUUUUUUCUUCUUCUUCUUCCUCGAAACUAUGGCGACUCAGAUCUUCUCUCGAAUCAUCCCCAAAUCCCUAACCCUAACCCCUUUCAUCUCUCGCUCACUCUCUUCCUCCACCUCCACCUCCACCUCCCUCGCUUCUGCUUCGUUCCUCCGCCGCCUCCGCCCUCUCGCCUCCGUCGCCUACCCCACCCUCCGCAGCCUCUUCCUCCCUCCUCGUUCCUCUUCCGCCCUCUUCUCCACCCGCGCCUCCACCUCCUCGCUUACCGACCCUAACCCCAACUGGUCCAACCGUCCACCGAAGGAAACUAUCCUCCUCGAUGGUUGCGACUUCGAGCACUGGCUCGUCGUCAUGGAGAAGCCUGAAGGAGACCCAACCCGCGAUGAGAUCAUUGAUUCCUACAUCAAAACCCUGGCUCAAGUCAUUGGAAGUGAAGAAGAAGCAAGGAUGAAGAUAUAUUCGGUUUCAACUAGGCACUACUUUGCGUUUGGGGCACUUGUAUCCGAAGAACUUUCAUACAAAAUCAAAGAGUUGCCUAGAGUUCGUUGGGUACUUCCUGACUCGUAUUUGAAUGUCAAGGAAAAAGAUUAUGGAGGUGAACCCUUCAUCGAUGGACAAGCUGUACCAUAUGAUCCCAAGUAUCACGAGGAGUGGGUUAGAAACAAUGCCCGAGCAAAUGAAAGGAACAGGCGCAAUGACAGGCCUCGAAAUGCUGACAGGUCAAGAAACUUUGAUAGGAGGAGGGAAAAUGUGGUGAACCGAGACAUGCAGGGUAGGCCUCCCAUGCCAAAUCCUGGUGCUGGUGCUGGUGCUGGUGCUGGUGCUGGUGCUGGUGCUGGUGCUGGUGCUGGUCCUAACAUGAGUGGUGCACCACCCAACAACCCAGGUGCAUACCCUCCCAACAACCAAGGCGGAUAUGCUCCUCCUGGCGGCCCAGGUGGAUAUGCUCCUCCUGGUGGCCCAGGUGGAUACACUCCCAACAACCAAGGUGGAUAUGCUCCUCGUGGCGGGCCAGGUGGAUAUGCACCUCAAAAUGCAGGUGGAUAUGCAGCUCAAAAUGCUGGCGGAUACCAACCACAGAAUGCACCGGGUGCCUACCCUCCCCGCAACCCACCUCCUAACACAGGGGCUGCUCCUCCAAACAGUGGUUAUGGUCAAAUGGGAGGUGUGCCACAGAAUAACUAUGGCGGCAACAUGGGAGGAGGAGUGCCUCCAAACCAGAACAUGGGUGGGGUUCCACCAAACCAGAACAUGGGCGGGGUUCCACCAAAUGCAGGAUGGUCGAACAAUGCUUCCAACAGGGACUACCAGCCUAGAGACAUUCCAAACAGGGAUUUCAGAGGCCCGGCUGGUGGGAACACGUACACUGGCUGAGGUGUGACGAUAGAGUUUCUUGUGCAAUUCUUGUGCUGCAAUGUAGAUAAAGAAGAAUUGUCUUGAGGACAACUUCGGGUUUAGUCUUACUUCACUUAUUACUUUACUUUCUAAUGAACCUGCAUGUCAUGGAAUUGAAGUUCACAAUUUUUGAUGGCUAGAUACAGUCAUUUGUUUGCAAACUUGAUAAUAUUGUACACGAAAAUGCAAUUGAACUAGGAGAAAUUUUCAAUGUAUAUGUGAGAAGAUAAUUUUAUAAUGCAAAAUCUCCCCUUACAUC